UUAUUAUUUUUUACGCCCUAUGAAAACUCAAAUUGUGCUUAUUUGAAUUUGUAGAAAACAGGAAAGUCAGAGACUUAAGGAGGGGUUUAAGAAAAAGUAUAGUUAAAAAUAUUUUUGAAUAAAUCUCUCUCCCUCUCUCUUUUUUAAAAAAGCAAAACGGUGGUGCCUCUUUCAGAUCUCACUUUGUGCCCUCCACAUCUGAGAAAAUGGGGGCAUACAGAGCCGACGACGAUUACGAUUACUUGUUCAAGGUGGUGUUGAUUGGUGAUUCCGGUGUCGGAAAAUCUAAUCUUCUUUCUAGAUUCAGUCGUAAUGAGUUCAGCCUUGAGUCUAAGUCUACUAUCGGUGUUGAGUUCGCUACUCGAAGCAUUCAUGUUGAGGAUAAGGUUGUUAAAGCUCAGAUUUGGGAUACUGCUGGUCAGGAACGAUAUCGUGCAAUCACGAGUGCUUACUAUCGAGGAGCUGUUGGUGCAUUGCUGGUUUAUGAUGUCACUCGUCAUGUGACUUUCGAGAAUGUGGAGAGAUGGUUGAAAGAGCUCAGAGAUCAUACUGACUCAAACAUUGUCAUAAUGCUUGUGGGAAAUAAGGCAGAUUUGCGUCACUUACGAGCUGUUUCCACUGAGGAUGCCAAGGCAUUUGCUGAGAAGGAAAGUACAUUUUUCAUGGAAACAUCUGCUCUGGAAUCCAUGAAUGUGGAGAACGCCUUCACAGAAGUGCUCACACAAAUAUACCGUGUCGUGAGCAAGAAAGCUCUUGAAGCAGGAGAUGACCCAGCAGCAUUGCCCAAGGGACAGACCAUUAACGUCGGAAGCAAGGACGACGUUUCAGCAGUAAAGAAAGUUGGGUGCUGUUCUUCUUAAAACAAGGACUGAUGUUCUAUUCCAACUUUUGAGUUGAAAUUUUCAUGUGGCAGUGGUAAUUCUCCUGCUCUGUAAAAUGAAUUCACCACAUGAAUCGUUUACUGGUGCUCAAGUUUGGAUUUGAGCUUCCCCUUGAGUUCCUCAGCAUUCUUUAUCCUUGUUUCUAUAUUUAUCUUAGCUUAGUGUAUGAUUGUAGUAUAGCUUCUUAUGAAUCUCUUGGAUAGGUUGAAUUUUGAUUGCAAAGAUUGAACUGAGACGUGUUUGAACUGAUGCUAUCCCUCUAGAUUUAUCAAAAUUAAUCCUACGUUUUUCAUA